GUCAUUUUAAUGCAUGAGACGACUGUGAUGAUGCCUUUUUUCAGUGUUUAAAUGUAAUCAUUUAACAGAGAGAUAUCACUUCCCAAUAGGUUGUUAUAUAUAUAUAACAUACUUAGAAUUAAAGUUAUUUUUUUAAUUACAUAAAAAUUAAUCAUAUAAAUAAAUAUCGGAAAUGAGCUCAUUAACCAAUCAAUUAACAAAAUGUAGCAGGCCAAAAAAUUCAAAACAUAUUCGUUUUCAUGGUGUUCCAUCAUUUUCACCAUCUCUACUAUCCAAUCCAUACUUGAAUCAGUUAGAUUUGUGCACUCCGGAUUUAUGCGUGAAUUGUUCGUCUAAUUUAGAAAUUAAUAAUAUUGUUCAUUUAGAUACAGUAUUUGAUUCAAAAAUAUCAAAUUAUUAUAAUAUUCCAUUGUGGAAUAAUCAUUUCGCAUUGGAUUUAAAUGAAAAUCUUAAACAAUAUGCAAUCACUUCUAAAUUGGUGAAUUUAAAUUAUCCUUUCAAUGACAAUGGAGUGUAA